CGUCCACCAACGUAAGUGUAUUUCUCCUCUUUUAUAGCCAAAAAGACAAUUUCAAUAUUUUCUUCCAUAGAAUCUCUCCAAUUUUUGGAUUCUUUUUUUCUUCUUCUUCUUCAAUUAGUCUCAAUUGAAUCAGAAUCUCACCCCAGGGCUAUCUUUCUCCCUUCAUUUUCUUUUCGUUUUCAUCUUGAAAUUCUUGAGGAAAAAUCAAACUCUCUCUGCAUUUUCAAGGCGAUUCGGAUUCAGAUUCGGAUUCGGUUUCUCAUAUAUGGGCUUCUUGCGCAAAGAUCGAAUCUUUAUUUUUCUCUCCUCAAGACAAUUUUGGGUUUGAAUAUUGAGAGCUGGUUAGCCAAUAUUCGCAGUGGAUAACAAGAUGAUGGAAAUAGCUUAUCAGCCUCGUAUUGAUUCCGAAAUAGAAUCACUCGUCGAGAGAAUCAAUCCUCCCAGGGUUUGUGUAGACAACGACUCAGACCCACAGUGUACACUUGUUAAGGUAGAUAGCGCGAAUAAGUAUGGGAUAUUACUGGACAUGGUUCAAGUUUUGGCUGAUCUCGAUCUUGUAAUCUCAAAAUCUUACAUCUCAUCCGAUGGUGAAUGGUUCAUGGAUGUGUUUCACGUGACGGACCAACUCGGGAAUAAGCUCACCGACCGAAGCCUUAUUCUCUACAUUCAACAGGCGAUAUGUUCUAGCAGAACGGGAGGUAUAACAAAAGAGAUGCAGAGUAAUCUAAAACGUGAAGUGCAACAGCGCCACGUGUCAACAGAGCACACGGCUUAUGAGAUAACCGGAAUUGACAGACCGGGUCUACUGUCCGAGAUCUCCGCCGUACUCUCCGACAUUGGAUGUCACGUGACUGCCGCUGUUGCGUGGACCCACCACGAGCGAGCGGCGAUGGUGAUUUAUCUAGAAGACGGGUUUAACGGUGGGCCCAUUAUAGGCCCAGUAAGAAAGGCCCAAGUGAAGGAUCAUCUACUUACUGUCGUGGAGGCUCAUCACAGAGUCGGCGACGAGUCUCGGGUCGUCGUUAGUGUGGUAGAGGCUAAAGGAGCUCCGGUCGGUUGGGCCCACACAGAGCGGCGGCUUCACGAGCUAAUGUACGCUGAAGGAGACUACGAGAAUUGCUUCGGCUGCGACUGCUUCAGUGGAGACAGGUGUGAUGCGCUGUGGAGGGGAAGAUGCGAGAGGAUACACGUGGCGAUCGAAGCUUGUAAUGGUUAUUCAAUGGUGACCGUUAAGUGUAGAGACAGACCCAAACUAUUGUUUGACACGGUAUGUGCAUUAAAAGAGUUACAGUUUGUGGUGUUUCACGCCGUUGCCGGAGCUAGAGGCUCGACGGCGGAGCAAGAAUAUUUCAUAAGGAAGAAGAACGGGUGCACGUUAGAGACGGAAGGGCAAAGAGAGAGAUUAAGGCAUUGUUUGGUAGCUGCGAUUUCGAGACGCACUUCACGCGGUUCGAAGUUUGAGGUUCGGACAAAUAACAAGAUGGGUUUGUUGUCGGAUGUGACGAGAGUUGUGAGAGAAAACGGUUUGUCGAUAACGAGAGCUGAGAUGAGCACGCAAGGUGAUAUUGCGGUUGGUUCGUUUUAUGUUACGGAUGUGAAUGGUGGUGAGACGGAGUCGAAAGCGGUUGAAGCGGUUGUACGAGAUCUGGAUGUGUCAGCGGUUAAGGCGGUUGGGAUGGUGUCUAGUAGGUUGAGUUCGUCGAGUGAUACUGUGGAGCAAGACAAAGCUAAGUUGUCUAUUGGGAGAUUGUUUUGGUCGAAGUUGGAGAGAUUAUCGACGUCGAUAAGAUCGUUGUGAAGUACUGUCUAUAGUUGAUUGAUUUUAGAGGAGAUGUCUUUCUCUUUAUUCCUUGGUGGUCUUUUCUCGUGAUUGACUUUGUAAAUAUAAGCUGAACUAGGAAUAUUAAAUGGGAAUGAUUGGAUUUAGAGGUGAUAUAAUCAAACGGAAUUAACUCAACCA